CUCGAUUUUUUAAAAAAGGAUGGUUUUCUAUUUUGAAACAGAUGAUAGAAACUUGUAUUUAUGUUUUGGCCAUCAUAGAUUAAAUAAUAUUUAUGGAUGAACUCUUAGAUACUAAUAAAUGUACAUUUAUGAAUGGUAUAGAAGAAGAUGGUUCAAAUUAUGAUAAAAAAGACAAAGAGAAACCAAAACUUUAUAAUUAUAAAUUAUUGGUUGACCCAUUUUUAAAAGGGAACAAUUCAAAAAAAAUAUAUAGAUUUGAUGGUCAUGUACCUGAUGAUCCGACAGGGAGUUGUGUGAUAUUAAAAGAUCCCAGAAGACAAUUUACACAUUUUUUAUUCUCAAAAAAAAUUGCAGAUUUAUUAAUCCCUAAAUUUAAACUUGAUAAAAAUUAUGUGGGAAUCCCACCAUCUAUUGAAUUAACCAUUACUAAUCUUAAUGAUAAUAUUAAAGAAAAGUUUUUGGAAGAUUUAUGUUUAAAAUUUGGUGCAAUUGAUGAACUUAAAAUUUAUUAUCAUCCAAUCUCCAAGAAACAUUUAACUAUUGGCAGAGUCAUAUUUCAGCAACCAAAAUUUGCAAAGCUCUGCAUAGAAAAAUUAAAUAAAGUAUCAGUUAUGGGCAAAGCAUUAAAUGUGUUUCUUGAUCCUUUAGGUAAACAUUGCAGCAAAAUUGUAGAUAGCAUCAUUAAUAGCAAUAAUGCACAUCCAUUUGAUGUCAAUCUAUAUUUAAGUGAAAAUGUAUAUUUUGUUGGAGAUCAUAUUCCAGAUAAUUUAAAGAGUUUUAUUCCUCUUAUCCUACCUAAAUCUAUCAACCAUAAUUUAUCCAAUUCUCUACCAUCAAUGCCAAAAUAUGAUCCCAGACUUAAAAAUGAACAUAAUAUUAUUAAUAAUUCCUUAAAUAUAUCUAAGGAAUCACCGCCAGACAUUAAUUUUGAUUCUACCCAAAGUGCCUUGAAUAGUUUAUUUAAAAAUAAUAAUUCCCAAAACCUCAAUGAUAUAAAUCAGAAUGUUAACAAGUUUAUUAUCACAGAUUCAAAUGAUUCCAAGGACUCCUCAAAUUUUUUAGACUUAAAUCAUAAUUCAUUUAAUGAUAUUUCUGAUAAAGACCAAUAUGCAAAAGAUUUCAAUAUGGAAAUGCCAUUUAAACCAUAUGAACAAGUGAUUUCCAAAGUAAUAAAUCCUGAAAUUGACAUUUAUGUUCAGGACCCAUUGACUACACAAAUAGAAAUAAUUGAUGAAACCCAAGGAAAGGAUUCCUUCAAAUAUGCUAAAGAAGAAAAAUUUAAUGUUGAGAUAAAUCAAUUCAACGAAGAAAAAGAUGUGAACCAUUUAUCCAAUUCUAACAGACAUAAUGAAAAGUACACAAGUCAUAAUAAACUUUGGAAGAAACAUGAUUAUAAUCACAAUCAUAAUAACAAUACACACAAAUAUUCCUCAUAUAUAAAGAGGGAGAAAUUUGAUAAAGGUAAAAAGAAUAAUACUUAUGAAAAGUCAUCAUACUCUAAGCCAAGCGAUAAAUUUAGGUAUAAAAAUGAGUUUUACCACAACAAACACAGGCCACCUGAAAGGGAGUAUGGUUACAAGACAAACAAAGAAAAGUAUAACCAUAAUUAUAAUUCAUUUAGCUCAAAGAGUAGAGAUAACAGGAAAGUUAUUAUUAGCAAUAGUUAUCGUGGUACUCACCAUCAUAAGAGAGAUAGAGACUAUGACCAACAUAAGAAUUCUUUUAGAAGCCACAGUGAUUCUUCCAAGAAAAGUAGUCUUCAUUCCUUCAAGGACUCAAAUCUCCUUGGGCACCAUAGGCAUGUUAUAAAAAAUAGGUCCAAACCGUAUAAAGAAAACCUUAUUAAAAAAGAGCCCAGUCAAGAUAAUUAUGACCCGGGCGAGGACAUUUGUAGUCAGAUAGGGCCUAUGACUGACGAUGCCAUUAAAACAUUCUUGGCCAAAUCUGAAAAUAUUAAUCAUUCUUUUGACAGUAUCUCAACUAACAAGAUGGACAAUAUUGUCCAGUCUAUUAAAAUAGAAUUUGAUGAUGGUACAGAAGCCUGUGACAAAAUGAGCCUUUCCCCUCUGAGCUCUUACAAAGAAGAAGAGAGUGAUGGGGGAGAUAGCACAAACAAGGACAGAAUCAUUAAAAGGGAACGACUCCUCUCUGACAAGGAAAAGUCACAUAAUUUGGCCAAUAGUUCUCUACCUCACAAUGCCAAUGAUGCCAGUACCAACGGCAAUCUAAACAUUAACAAUCCGGAUAAUAAAUUUUCUCCCUACUUUGCCGGUGUUCUAGCUCCUCACUUAUUGCAUUAUCACCAUCAAGGUUACCAAAAUUAUCCCUCCCAUUUCCAUAUCCCUCUCGAUACCUUUUCCGGCCAACACAACUUAAGCACAAACGAAGUUAGCAAUCUCAAUUCCGGUACACCUUCCUUUUUACUUUCCCACAUGCUACCACCUCCCCCACCCUUGCCCUCUUACCUCUACCCCACUAUGCUACCACCCCCUCCUUUUCCCCCUCGAUUUGAUCCAUCUCUCAAUAGUGGAAAUAUAGAUAACAGUACAUUUUACAGAGGAUUUCCGCCACAAAUACCCGCCCCUGUCUCCCAGCCUCAAUAUACUUUCACAACUCUCAUGAAAAAGAUCUCGCCUUAUUAUCAGGGCAUUAUCAUGAAAGUUAUAUCCAAAUUAUUCGAAGAAUUGAACAUCGUCAUUAACAAAGAUAUCCACAAAAUGCUCGUCCAAAAAUCGGCGUUCACAUUCUACGAUAAGUGGUGGCAGGACAGCGAAAAUAUUUAUCAGAAUCGCAAAAACGAUUUGGUCAACAAUACUGCCUUUCCUCUCCCACCAUCUUCUGACCCUUUUGCUAUUUCGUCCAGUAACCUUCCGCCCAAUCACAUCUCGGAAUAUAAUUCCACAUCGAACUCAACGUCGAGAGACCAACAAGCCUCUUACAUGACUGGCCGUUUUAAUGCUUUUAAAACUGGCGUUGACACUACGCAACUCCUCUUGAAUUCUCUAUUCGAGCCCUCCUUUUCAACAACGCAGUCCACCACUUUCAAACCUUACGAAAAUUCAUCUUUUAGCCUCGGUAUUCGUGCAUCUAUGCCUAAAAUGCCUUCCUUCAGGAAAAUCAAAAAGCCUCAACCCCAACCUUCACAAACGCCAACUAAAAACAAAAAAUUCGAAUCACUCAAAGAUAAAGAUGGCACAGUUAAUAAAGCGAAUAAAAAAGCUAGCCUUGAUUACCAACCUGCCACGGAUAACAAAGCAAAUAUCAAGACUAAGAAGAAAGGCGAUCAAAUUAUUCAAGAAUCCCCUAAGAACGCUUCACCCCUUGACGGUAUUAUCAAGGACGUGCUUGACGAUAAAGAAAUCGAUAGAGAUAAAGAAGAAAAAAUACAAGACUUGGAAAGAGAAGACGACAUCGAUUCUGUUCUCAGCGAUUCCUCUUAUCUUUCUUCUCAUCUAGAUGACAUGGGAGAAGUAGCAGAAAGACCAGAUUCGGAAACCGAAAUUCCUAGCUCUUCUAUCGAUGAUUCCGAAAUCGAGGAAGAAAACGGAACCCUUAAAAAAAAUUCUCACAAGAUCAAAUUCAAGGAACGAGUCAGUAUAUCCGAAAAUUCAUGUUCCUUAGACAAAUCCUAUCUUUCGGAUAAUGAAACGAAAGACUCUACGCGACAAAUUCCAACAACUACUAAAAAGCAAAAAGGGAUCAAACAAUUCUUAGUCGACGAAAACGCCAAUCACGCUUUCAAUGAUAUCACGAGAGCCGUAAGCAUCAAAGCGAAUUACGAUGCUACUAAAGAGGACCUUAAAACAACGGCAUCGAUUAAAGAAAUCAUAAAAUCGAAGGUGGCUAAACCCGAAAAAGUCAAAAGUAGCAUUGGGGGGUUGACAAAACCUGUUACAGACACUACCAGUUUUACUGCUAUCGACGAAUCAACCAACGAAUUUGUUGAUAUUACUGACAACGAAAAGAAACUCAAACGAAAGAAAUCUUCGGAUCCAAAGUACAAAGAAAGCUCUAGGAAAGCUAAACUCAAGAACAAAGAAAACGUCCUGGCGGAUAGAACCAACAAUAAAGGAGUCGAAAGAGUUAACCAACACGUUUAUCAGAACAAGAAACCCCAAAAACCGCUCGUGGAAAAACUGCUUUUAUCUGAACAUUGUUACUCACUACCUCCCGCCGUUCCAAUCAAACAAAAUACAACUUCUACAAAAGAAAGGCCUCCUAAGAUCUAUACCGCCCCCAAAUCCGCUAUCAUUACUUACCAGGCUCGCGAUGCUAUAGAAGAAAUGAAACUCUUAUACGAUAUGUGGAACCCUGGUAUAGACUUGGAAGAUAUCGCUUACGUCAGGAAAUCCUAUGAACGAUACUUAGCUCACCACAGAGCCAACAAUUCGACGUUCAUCCUGAAUGCCAACAAUAAGACGGGUGAGCUGGUUUGGCUUGAAUACACCCACUGGGUUCCCCAUAUGGCUACCCAUAGCUAUGAACCUCCCACUAAAAAGAAGAGGAAGAAGGAGAAAUCAAGGGGCAUCCUCAGUAACGAUUCCUUGCAAUCUCUCACAAGUACUAAGAGCGGGAGCGCCAGAACGGAGGGUUAUUAUAAGAUUACAUCCGAACAAAAAACGGCACUAUAUUCGUUAACGAACGAAAAGAGGGCAGAUACACCUUUCAAAAAAUUGAACAAUAAUCAGACUCACCUCAAUGAUACCUCCUCGAGCAGCAAUUUAAACAAUGCAAAAAAUAUCACAGGUAUAACUAAUAAUCAAAGAAAUUUGUUACACCACCUCAAUACUACAACCUCCAGACAAGUGAGAAGCGAGUUUAGGAGGCAAGUUUGGUCUAAGAGUCAAGAGCUCGGCGAUCUGAUUAAAUUUAAUCAGCUAAAGGCCCGCAAAAAGCAACUGGCUUUUAAGAAAAGCCGAAUACACGAUUGGGGGCUUUACGCGCGCGAAAACAUAGCGGCCAGCGACGAAAUGAUAAUAGAAUACGUCGGGGAAAUUGUGAGACAAUCUAUCGCCGACAAAAGAGAAAAAUUGCUUUACUCCAAUUGCAGCAGUUAUCUAUUCCGGGUAGAUUCCGAGACCAUUAUCGACGCUACGAAGUGCGGGAACCUGGCCCGGUUUAUCAACCAUUCGUGCAACCCUAACUGUUACGCCAAAAUAAUAACUGUCGGUCAGGUCAAAAAAAUAGUCAUAUAUUCCAAGCAACCCAUCAAAAUUGGCGAGGAAAUAACUUACGACUACAAAUUUCCCAUAGAAGACGAAAAAAUACCCUGUCUUUGCGGCGCCUAUAAUUGUAGGGGUACCCUGAAUUAAUUCUAAAAUGUCGGGUUCUCAACGAAC